CAAACGGUUCAUACCAACCUGGAAUGGAGCCAAAACGACAGAGAACAGCCUACACGAGGCAUCAGAUACUUGAAUUGGAAAAGGAAUUUCACUACAAUAGGUACCUGACAAGACGACGACGGAUCGAGAUCGCUCAUACCUUGGUCCUGUCGGAGCGACAGAUCAAAAUCUGGUUUCAGAAUCGCCGUAUGAAAUGGAAGAAGGACCAUAAGUUACCGAAUACGAAGAAUGUACGCAGAAAAAAUGCGAAUGGCCAGGCGUCAUCAGCAGCAGCUAAACCGGCGAAGACUUCAGCGGCGCGGGCAAAGUCCGGCACUGGCAACAACAAUAGUCAAAGGAAAAACAACAAUUCACCUUCUAGUGGUAUGGAGAACAGUUUGGACUCAAACAUCGGUCAUGAUAUGAGCGAAGUUCAUGGGGUCAGCUCCAAUAUUCCUCAUCCCGUUGGUGUGGUUCAUCCGAGCUUUCAAGGUCAUCCUCAUUCUCUGGCUCAUCUCCAAGCACAGCUGAGUCAUCAUCACGUGGGUGGAAUGAUGGACGGUCCGACGGGAGGACCGUUGGGACACAUAAGUUCCGGAAGUAUCAGUCCUCUCGCUCCGGCUACCAGCCCUCCCGGAUUGUCGCAAGUAUCAGCUCCUGUGCCGCCAUCGACGAUAAAAUCCGACUAUGGACUCACAGCUCUCCCGGGGCAAGGAAUACCUCGCAGCAGCUCGAAAAGAAGGGUGGCACCCGGAAAGCGAAUGGGGGGCCGCCUGUGCAGUCCUGCCUCCGCCCAUGCCACGAACAUCCCGGCCAACUGCCUAGAUAUGUUGCUACCAACCGGGUUCCAAAGUCAGACAUAUUAUGGCCGGCGAGCUGUUUCGGAAACCCUCUCCUACCACCCCUUCUCAUCAAGUCCCCUAGUACCAUCGCCUCCACCUUCUCCUUCACCUCUUCCUCCCCCGUCCUCUAUGUCCCUCAGCUCCUUUUUCUUCUGCUUCUCAAACUCUUUCCUGCAGGACCCUACCUUUAGAUCGGUUCACCCGAAAGUUAAGAGCGAAGAAACCCUUGGAACGGAUCGACAGUGCGCCACGUCGAGAACGCCUGACGACAACUAUGUUAGCAUGCAACCCGGUAGUACCAGGAGAACGCCGGAUAUUACGACAGCUGAUGGGGACAGAGCUUGUGGAACGAUCAAUAAUAUAAUACCGUCGCCCCAGGUACCACCAUGCUAUCACACCAUCAAACAUCGUACUUCCCAUACAUCGAGAUCUGCUUGCCUUUAG